GCUCUAAUCACCGCGCAUCGCAUAGCAUCAAACUGCCUGCUGUCCAAGUUCUCGAACACGGUGUUUCGGGUGGGUCGAAUCGGCACAUGGAAUGGAAGAGCGCCGAGAUCACGUUGCUGAAGCGCGAAAUCGGACACGAGGCAUUCAGAAGCAUGAAGCGACGGCUGGGGCAUUGCCCCAGAGCCUAACAUUAAGCGCGACGCUAUCACGGCGGGGGACACGACGAACAUGGAUACGAUCUCGAACGAGCGUAGCGUGCGCACGCCGCAUGCUCAUGCCAUCGCCGUGGGUCCCAGCGACGGGCUUAUGGGCAACUCGGAGGGCGGGUAUGUGCAGUAUCGCGCUUUCAUGACGGCGCGUUGUCAGAUGCUCGUUGGACCUGCAAUGGAGGAAAUGUCUAGCAGAGAUCAUCGAGCAAUACGGACAUUACAGGACUUGCCACAGAGGUGAACGGAU